UCCUGUCAGCCAUUUUGACGCAAAUCGUAAAAUGGCGAGCGAUCUUUUAGUCGCGUCAAUCGACUUUGGGACUACAUUCUCUGGCUGGGCGAUAUUGUUUGCUCACGAAUUUGAAUCUGAACCCACGAAAGGAUACGUGAAACAAUGGCAUUCAAGUGGCACACUGAUCACAGAGAAAACGCCGACAGUGGUACUGAUAAAGCCAGAUGGCCAGACACUGGAAGCUUUUGGUUAUGAUGCCGAGAACAGAUACAAGGAAUUGAUAGACGAUGAGGAGCAUGAAAAUUACUAUUACUUUCAGAGAUUUAAAAUGAAGCUUCAUAAACAACUAGGAGAGAAUAUCAAUCUGGAUAUGACACUGAAAGAUGAAAGGGGUCGUAUAUUACCAGGAAUUGAUGUAUUUUCCUUGGCAAUAAAGUUCCUAGUAGAUGAUAUGCAUAGAGUGGUUAAGGACAAGAUUGCAGGGGCAAUCAAGAGGUCAGAGGUACACUGGGUAAUUACCGUUCCUGCAAUUUGGACAGACUCCGCCAAGCAAUUCAUGAGGAAAGCUGGAGAAAAUGCUGGUAUUGCCACUGACAAAUUGAGUAUCGCGCUUGAACCAGAAGCAGCUUCGCUUUUUUGCCGUCAUCUAUCAGUUGAUAAACGAGUAGACACUACAGGAAUAGCAAUUGCCUCUUUUGCAGCUGGGACUAAGUACAUGGUUCUCGAUGCAGGAGGUGGAACAAUAGAUAUCACAGUUCAUGAAGUUCAGCCUACUGGUACAGUCAAAGAGAUAAAGGCUGCUAGCGGUGGUGGUUGGGGUGGAACUCUUGUUGACAAAGCUUUUGAAGAAUUGCUCAUUGAUAUUGUUGGCAAGAAUGUUUACAGUGAAUUCAAAAAGGACCAGACGGAGGACUGGCUGGACCUCUGUCGUGACUUUGAAAUUAAGAAGAGGAACGUGAGUCCUAAAAUACCGAAUGCAACAGGCCAACAGCAAAAGCGAGAACAAAAAUUGGUUGCAAUGCGGGUUCCUGUGUCUCUAUGCAACGUCUACGAAAGAAAAUGCAGAAAAAGCUUAGCAAAAGCUGUUGAAUCUUCUUCUUAUGGGAACAAUAUUCAUUUUGUUGGCGACAAAAUGAAGUUUGACAUGGAAGUAUUUAGGAAGCUUUUCGAUGCAUCCUUGUCAAAAACUAUUCAACAUACUGAAAAUAUCCUCCGUGAUCGAGCUGUUCGCGACAUUAGGGCAAUAUUGAUGGUAGGAGGCUUUUCGGAGUCGUCGAUGCUGCAAGAGAAGGUGAAAUCUUCAUUUCCAGGUGUCGAUGUCAUAAUACCCGCAGAAGCUUCCUCUUCUAUUAUGAGGGGUGCAUUGAUCUUCGGUCAUAGUCCAAAAUCUAUCUCGGAAAGGGUAUUAAAGUAUACAUAUGGCGUGGAAAUGAAGAUUAAAUUUGUCAAAGGCAAACACCCAGAGAGCAAGUUGGUCAUGACUGAUGCAGGGCCUCGUUGCGAUAAAGUCUUUAGUAAGCACGUCGAAAGAAACCAAGUUGUCAAAGUUGGCGAACCUCAGAUUACUCUGUCCUAUUGUCCAGUUAAUAGGAAUCAAAAAUCAAUUUGGUUUCUUGUGUUUGCAUCCGAGCUUAAAGAUCCACAGUAUACAGAUGUCGGGUGCAAAUAUGUCGGAGAAAUGAUAGUAAAACUGCCUGAUCACGAUGGAGACUUAAGUCGUGCAGUGAAGCUUUCUCUUACUUUUAGCGGGACAGAGAUCGAAGUGACAGUCGUAGAUGAGAAAACAGGAGAGGAGACAAAAUCAUCACUAAACUUUCUUGGAUAG